CCCAUCACCCCCAGGGGCCGGGAGGGCAGAGUCCAGGCCUUUCCCUAUGCCCCGCCCCGCCCCCCGCGCCCCUAUUUCGGUGCAGAAAAUGGUGGUUUUGGGGUGGGGUGGGGAAGUGACUGUACCCCGGGAGGAAGACACAGACACUAGGAAGAGUUUUAAGUAAUCGUGUGCUUCCACUUCCCUCCGGAAGAGAAACGAUGAGCAUUGCGGAGUGAGGGGGUCUGCCAGUCACCGAGGGGCACCUGGCGGAGAGGAGGCCUAGGAGGCAGCCGUCCGGAGACGUCCAGGUGAAGGCAGGGAUCAUUCUAAACAUGGAGAAAGCCGGCAAAGCAAAUGAAGAGCCACAGAGCGCGCCCAAGGCGGACGAGGUGCAGCCUCCGGUGGAGCACUCUCCGGGAAAGCAGUCUUCCGAGGAACAGUCGGAAGAGGAGCAGUCGGAGGAGGACGAGUUCUUUCCCGAGGAGCUCCUUCCCGAGCUCCUUCCUGAGAUGCUGGUGUCUGAGGAGCGCCCUCCUCAAGAGCCCCUCUCUAGGAGGAACCUUUUUGAGGAGCGCCCUCCCAUGGAGCAGCCUCCUUGCGGAGUGGGAAAACAUAAGCUAGAAGAAGGAAGCUUUAAAGAAAGGCUGGCUCGCUCUCGGCCGCAAUUUAGAGGGGAUAUACAUGGUAGAAAUUUGAGCAACGAGGAGAUGAUCAAGGUAGCAGAAGAGAUGGAAGAGAUGAAACGAGUGCGAAACAAAUUAAUGAUCAUGCAUUGGAAGGCAAGACGGAACCGUCCUUAUCCUAUUUAAUGUGUUUGGCCUUUAAUUCUGUUGUGCCUGGUUUAAGUAUUACCACCUGAACUUUGCGUUUUCUCAUAUGCCUGUCCCCAUCUUAUUAAUUCUAACUUUUUUUGCGUGACUUUAUGUUAGGUGUUUACUUGUAACUGGGAAAAAAAUUGGGUAUCCCCCAUCUGCAAGUCUCUCUCUGUAGUGCCUCAUCAUUUGCACGAAAAGAUGUACAUUAUAUGUUGUGAAGUGAAAAGUUUUCAAAAAGCAUAUAUAUAGUAAUCCAUUUUAGCAAAAGAAAAAUAUAUAUUAAUAUGCAAAGAAAAAAGUAUAUACUUCAAAGGCAUAAAGUGGUUAUCUGUGUGGUAAGGGUCGAUGGUUUUUUUUCAUUUUUGCUUUAUCAGAACUCAGUUUUUCUAGAUGAACACACUUUACCUGUGUUGCAAAAUAAAACAAUAUAAUGGAAAAAAAUGUAAAGCAGUCAAAAAACUGUCAGCUUGUAAAGACAAUAUGGCACUUAAUAAAUACUUGUCAGAACUUAGAAAAAUAAA